AGGCAUCAGUCGCCCACCAGCGCCGCCACAGCCAACUAGAAGCACACCCCCCCCCCCCCUAGAAGCACUCCGCGCCGCCAACAUGAGGAUCAACCAGGUCGUGCCCAACUUCAAGGCCAACACCACCAAGGGCCCCAUCGACUUCUACCAGUGGCAGGGCAAAUCGUGGGUGGUGCUGUUCUCGCACCCCGCCGACUUCACGCCCGUGUGCACCACGGAGCUGGGCCGCAUCGCCGUGCACUCGCCCCACUUCGAGAAGCGCAACGUCAAGCUGCUGGCGCACUCCUGCGACAAGCUCAAGUCCCACCAGGACUGGGUGGACGACAUCAAGGACUACUGCCGCGACAUCCCCGGCGACUUCCCCUACCCCAUCAUCGGCGACGAGAGCCGCGACCUGGCCGUCAAGCUGGACAUGAUCGACGAGGACCAGAAGGACAACCCCGAGACGGCCCUCACCGUCCGCGCGCUCUACAUCAUCUCCCCGGACCACAAGCUCAGGCUGUCCAUGCACUACCCCAUGUCCACCGGCAGGAACGUCGAUGAGAUGCUGCGCGUCAUCGACUCCCUGCAGCUCACCGACCGCCUGCCCUACGUCGCCACCCCGGCCAACUGGGUCCCUGGCGAGAAGGUCAUGAUCCUGCCCAGCGUCAAGGAGGCCGACAUCCCCAAGCUGUUCCCCAAGGGCGUCGACAGGGUCACCAUGCCCUCCGGCGGCAACUACGUCAGGACCACUACAGACUACUGAAUGUGAAUUUGUUUCGUCUUUGAUAUUUCAUCAAAACAAACAAUUGUUUGAUCAAUUACUCUGUGAUAGCUCUGCAAAUCAUUCUAAGUUUGUCAUUAUUUUUGUUUACUGCAUUAAACUUUAUAGUAGAAAUUUA